AUGCUGUUAGAUGCUGACGAUCUCGACCUUUCCGGCUCAGGAUCAGGGUCGGAAAAUGAGGAUAAGUCGGAAGAUAAUGCUUGGGAUGCCCCAGCAGCCGUUCCAACAAAGAAGGAAGAACCUGUAUUCGAAAGUUGGGAAGAUGCCCCAGAUUACGAAGAAUUAGAACGCCAAAAGAAAGAGGCUGAAGAGAGAGCUGCUAGAGAAAAACAGGAAGCAAUCGAAGCCGAAAAACGUCGUAAGGAAGAAAAGAAAGCAUUCAGAGAAGCUGCAAAAGCUAGAUUAAUGGAAUCUUCUAGUGAUGAUGAAGGUGGCCUCUUCGAUAUUGAAGCUGCCCACGAACAGGAAAAGCACCAGGACUUCGCUGUCGCUAUGGAUAUGUUAGGCGCUACAAACGAAAAAGUUACAGUCGAUGAUUACAUGAACUUCGUUCCACGCGUCGUCUCUGACUUCAACGGUCUUCGCCAGAAGCUUGUAGAAGUUCUUAAGCAGAAAGUUGACUUCAAAUCCAAGGAAGCUCCACAAUUACUUGCAUAUUUCAUUCGCUGCCUCAUUGAUGAUUAUAAGGGUGAACAAAUGAAAACACUCGAUUCUGAACUCAUCAAAAUAAUCAACGAAAAAUUACAACAAACUCGUGCUAAACAGGGUAAGAACACGAAGAAGAAGACAUCCACAAAGGUCUAUAUGAAUAUAAAAGAUGACGGCAAAGAUAAUGACGACGACUUUAUGUAA